AUGGAUUUGGUACCAGCCCCAAAAGGAGAGGCUUCGCUGAAGACCACCGUGGUCGAGGUAGAGGCCGUAGAUAUGGAGGAACAGUACCCCAUGGACGACGACGCGCCGGACCUCGCACUUGAGAUUUCGUCGGAUUUGGAGACGGACAGUGAUGAUUCUGAGGGAUGGGAUAGUCUGUCUAACUGCGAUGAGGCGAUCCAGUUCCUACGCGAUGACCAGAUCCGCGACGGCCUCGUUCCCGGUGCUUGUACUCUAGAAGAGGCGACUGCAUAUCGACAGCGUCUACAUGCGAUUGGCAAGGCGGCGUUCGUGGAAGAGACCAUCCUCCGCCAAACCGUCACGGCCAAAAAGCUGUGCACGGCGUUUGGAAUCGCACCCCCGGCAUUCCUCGACGGUGCACCAGAUGAGUCUUAUCAUUCUCUUCUAGCGAUCGCGAUCUCGCGCGAGUUCUCCCGGAGGCCCAAGCUUCCCCAGUACAACUCCAUCGACGAUGCUGUUCGGCUCCUUCGCGAGUCUCGGAACAUCAUCGUUCUGACAGGCGCAGGUAUCUCGACUAGCCUGGGCAUCCCCGAUUUCCGUUCUAAAGAUACCGGGCUCUACUCAAAACUGGCGCAUCUGGGCCUGAGCGACCCCCAAGAAGUCUUUGAUAUCCAUGUCUUCAGGGAGGACCCGAGCGUUUUCUUUUCGAUUGCCAAGGAUAUUCUCCCGACGGAAAAGAAAUGGUCGCCCACCCAUGGGUUCAUUCGGCUUCUACAAGACAAGGGGAAGCUGUUGACCAACUACACGCAGAAUAUCGAUAACAUUGAAGCAAAUGCAGGGGUACUCCCGAAAAAUAUUGUACAAUGCCAUGGAUCCUUUGCGACGGCCACCUGCGUGAAGUGUGGGUUCCAUGUCCCUGGCGACGCGAUCUUCGAUGAAAUCAGAGCCGGAAACAUCCCCCACUGCACCGUCUGCAAGGAGAGAAUCGCAGAAGAAGAACUAAAGCCGCAAGGUCUCAAGCGCAAACGAAGUUCCAAUGGUCAGCAGAAAGACCGCAAGGUCUCCGAUGACAGUUCGGAUGAGGACGACUAUGAAAUCCCGACUCCUGGAGUAAUGAAGCCUGAUAUCACAUUCUUUGGCGAGGAUCUGCCCGAUGAGUUUGGUGAACGUCUAAUUCACCAAGAUCGGGAAUUAGCAGACCUAGUCAUUGUGAUCGGAACCUCGUUGAAGGUAGCCCCCGUGGCCGAAGUGCCGGGAAUCCUACCUCGCCAUGUCCCGCAGAUCUACAUAUCGCGCACUCCGGUGACACAUACCGAGUUCGAUAUUGAUCUCUUAGGUGACUGUGACGUGGUGGUAUCAGAACUUUCUCGUCGGGCCGGUUGGGAUCUACAACAUCAUAUGAUACCAGCCGAUGAGAAAGUGGAUAUUACCCCGGUGGAGGGAUAUGAAUCACGACAUAUUUUCAAGGUAGUCGGUGCAUAG